AUGGCUUAUGAUGAGGAUAAUGGAGAAAUAAACUUUAAUGAACUCGUGGGGAAUUUGCUAAGCUCGCAUAAUCAAGAAAGGCAAGAGGAAGAUGAAUUACAAGAACCAGGACAAGAACAGAAAGAAGAAAAUUUUAACAAAGUAAGUUCACCUAGUGAGAACGUAAAAUCAAAACACCCAGAUAAUAGCCAGGAUAUGCAUGAUCAUCCUGAUGAAAAUAUUGAACUACCGGAUUUUGUUGACGAAGAAGAUGAGCUAGUAUCUGUCGUUGCAAAUGCAGUUCAAGAUAUUGAAAAUCACCGGGAUAAUAAACCAGAGAGUCAUCUAGAAAAUGAAUCGGAACGUGUAACAUCGGAUACGAUGGAUGAUAAUAAUGAAAAAGAACAACAACAAGAAUGGGCACAUAUUCUACAGCAGGAAAUUUUACAAGCGGAUGGAGAUCAGUUACGGGAGAAUACAGAAAGGCGAGUCAGCACUAGUCAUCAUCAUCCCUCCCAGCGUACCGAUGACCCACUUGACCAAGAUGAUGAGAAUUUGAGGAUGGCUAUCUUAGAGUCCCUGCAGGAACUAAGCACAAAUGUCGAUGAAGAGAAAGAACACCAUAAACGUGAGCAUGCUGCUCCAAGUGAGAAAUCGCCCGGCAAGAAAUCUUCGAAGAAAAAGAGAAAGGAUAAAUCCAAGAAUAAAGAGUUGUCAAAGGACAAAUCUUCAAAGAAGAGCAAGUCCUCAAAUCAUUCAAAAAAGCAUACCAAAGAUCGUAAUAAAGAUAAACAAAAUAAAUCAGUUAGCAACGAAAAUGAACUUGAUUUCAGUAAUAUAUUGGAUAAUCUAAUCAAUGAAAAUGAAGAUGCUGGGAUAGACUCAAUUAAACAAACAGCUGAAGUUCAAGAUCAUUCUCACAUUGAUGCAAGCAGCGAGGAUGUGGAAGCACAGGCCUUAGUGGAAGCGACAUUGAAAGCAUUUGAAAACGAACUACUAAGCUCUGCGCCAUCCGAAGAUGCUUCACAAGAACAAUCGAUGGAACCUGCAUCCUCUACGAAGGCAGUUGAGGUGACACGAAAACCAACUGCUGAUGAUAUUCCAUUAGCUAUGUUACAGGCUUUUAAACCCAAAAAGAGGCCUCCUCAGGAGAAGAAGAGGACAAAAAUUAAGACUUCUAAACCGGCAUCUACAACUAACAAAUCGUCUUUAUCUGAAUCAGCUUCAAAGAAGAAGAAGAAGAAGAAACCUAUGAAAGAAAGUAACAAACCUCAAGAAACUUAUGAAGACGAUGAGUUUUCCAGAAUAUUAGCCGAUAUGGUUAACCAAGUGGUCAAUACAUCAUUAAAAGAAACUCCAACUUCUACCACCGCCGAGGAUACCAAAUCGGAAACCGAAUCUGGUCUUGUUCCGUCUGUCCAAAACCAAUAUACCACUUCGGAUGCUAACACAACUAAUGAUGAUGCUCUUGACAUAAAUCAAAUAAUGCAAAAUGCGAUGGCUAUGGUUUUUCAAAAUCAAAAUGAUGCAGAUUUCGAUGAUAAUAUUGUUGAAGAUUUUAAUCGUGGUCUAGGUGAUCUUAGCGUUUCCGAUCUACUGCCGCAUGACAAUCUUUCUGGGAUUGAAAAGAAAUCAGUACAUAAAAGUUUGAGCAAAUCCGAAAAAAAGGCAUCAGCAUCAAGUAGAAAAGCUUCAAAAAAAGCUUCUAAAGAUGUGUCGAGCAUGGAAAAGGCUAAGGUCACUCCAAAACUAAAGAAGCCUUCCAAAUCAGAAAUAUCUUUAGAAAAAAAGCUGCGUAAAAAAUACAUUUCUGUUGCCAACGAGGCUGCAUCCGUGGCUAGAAAGAAAAGAUGGGCUAAAAAUAAAGAAUUGAAAGAAAGGGAGAAACUCGAACGUCAAGCUGCCAGAGAAGAAAGGAAAAAUAGAAAGAAAAUAGAAAAGCAGAGAUUAGCUGAAGAACAAGAAGAACUGAAAAGAAUUGUCGAACGCGGCCCACCUUAUCCUCCAGAUUUAAGAUUAACCAAAAGUGGUAGACCAAAGAAACCUUAUAGAAGAUGGACUCCGGAAGAGUUAUUAAAACGAUCACAGGAGGCAGAAAAACCAAGAAAAGUGAAAAAGGAAAGAAAGAAAAAGGAAAAGAAAGUAAAGAUACCUUCAUCUGCAUUGAAAAAGAUUCCUUUGUUCAAUUUUGUUAAAGAUAAUGUUCAGCCAAGUGCAAGACACCGUCUAAAUGAUAUUGAGGGUUCUUUAUCAUCCAUUGGAUUACAUAAAUCACCGGAUGGUGUCCGUAGGAUUCUAUCGAGACCAAAGAGUGAAGAUCACGAAUGGCCUCUGUCAGAUUCAUCUACAUCUCAAAGUUAUGAUACACAUUUAAAAACCGUCGUGCAUAAGGAAAAAAUCUCUUUUCAUCCUCCCUGGACUAUUCCAUCCCAACCACCAUUUGCUCUACCUGUAGCAAGAAGAAAAAGAAUACCAAAUAUCAAAAAAUACAGAAAAAGGAACAAUAGCACUUUUCGUGUUUCCAAGGAAGGUAUGCUAACUGCUAGAAACAGUAUUAUUCCAGCCAUAUUAGUACCGAUUAUAAAUACACUAAAAGCCGCUGCAAAAUCUCAAACUGCUGCCGGUGCCACGCCUGAAGAAGCAAGGAAACGAUUGGUGACCAUUAUUCAACAUGCCAAGUCCACAGUUAUCAAGGCUGCUUUACAAGCAAGGAAGAACAGCAUGCGUACCUCUAAGCCUGGGAAAACGGCUCCGGGGUUAGCAAUUGCUUCACCUCAAAGGAAAAAUCCAUUAAGGAUGAUUCCUAUUUUCAACACGUCUCGAGUAAAACAACAAACAGAAAACACAGGGAUUAUGGGGAAGGAAACCACCAGUUAUCCACCACCUGAUAAAACCAUCCCUGAUCCCUAUACUAAUUCUAAAAUUGCUGGAAAAUCAGUUAAGGACUUCUCUACCCCAAUUAAGAUAGAAGUUAGCGAUACCGAUAUCCUUCCUGCUCCUAAAAAGGCCUUAAUUACGGAGCCAGAACAAGAUAAUUCAGAACUUACCAAAAGAUCAGACAAGUUGGAAGCUACACCACGCGCUGUUGAUAACGAUCCUGUUGAGACAACCGAAGACACUGAAAUUGUACAGAAAGUUAAAGAGGUUAUUGGUACCAAGGCGACCGAAGAACUUACUCCAACUGAACAAAAAACGGAUAUGAAUUUAGAGGCGAAGAAUAUGAUCCCAAUCGAAACUUCUCGUCCAGAAAAAAUUAAUGAAAAAUCUCCCAGCAAAAUAAUUGACAACAAUAUGAAUGACGAUGCAAGCGAGUUGACUGAGAAAGUUGAAAACGGUAACCCUACAUUGCAUCCUGGCGCAGUUCGAACUACGGCUAAUGGAAUUGAUGAUAAGAAUACUGUUGUUGAGAAACCAAAAUUGAUCGAUAUAUCUGAUGAACCAUUAAAUGAAGUAAAAUCAAAAAUUCCAAUUAUAUUUCCAUUGAAACGGCCACAAAUCAAACCUGAAGUUAGCGUCAUAAAUUUAGUUCAAAAUUUGGUGAAAACCAAAAUUCCAGAAAUAAAGAAUGAAUCAGUAGACCUAGGCAGUAAUAUUACCGACAUUCUUUCCUCCACCAUCACUAAGAUUUUGCCCGAAAUUACUGCUUCUGAUGUUAAAAACUACCAGUAUGAAGAUGAAAAUGUAAAAUAUUUGAAAAAGACACCAAGACAAGUACUGAACCUGGAUGGACUAGUCCCUCCAUCAGGCAGAUGUGUUACUAAAGCUAAACGUGUCCGUCGUGUUAAAAGGUCUUCUAUCGACACUACUACUGCACAGGAAGCCAGUACAAAAGUAAACAGCGAGUCCAUUUCUUACACUUUCGAUAUACCAUCUCCAGAGGAAGUACAGAGUAAACGGAGUGUGGUUUUAAAAUUUGCGAGAGCAAGAUUGACGGAGGACGAGUUGAACUCUUUAAAGAAGGAGAUUAAUAAUGUAAGGAAAAGGAGAUGGAGAGAGAUAAACUCUACCAAGAACUGGGAAUAUGACGUGAAGUCUAGGCUGAGAAAAAGAGCAAAUGCAUUUUUUGGAGAAGGAGAAUCAGAAAAAAAGUCUAAGUGGAUAGAAGAAAGGUUUCAAGAGAAGGUUAGUCAGGAGAAGCACAAGGAUCGUCUAGAAACCACUGAGACGCGAACAAACAAUACGAAGAUUGUGAUUGACGAUAAGGAGAUUCUAAAUAUUCUUGCGGUAAACAUGAACAGUCUCAACAAAGCUCGUUGUAUCGAAAAAGACAUCCAAGAGUCAUUCAAAGAGGAAAAGUUGGCCUCUUUACAACCAAAGAAGAAGAGAAAAAAAAGCAUUUUAAAUUGA